GGGGCGCGGUCGGCCGCCGCUCACUUCCCCGCCGCGGCCGGUGUCACGUGACGCCGGCGCCCCGGACCACGUGGUGCGGGCGGCGAUGGCGGCGGCGGCGGCGGCCCAGCGGGGCGGCGGCGGCGGCGGCGGCGGCGGCGGCGGCAGCGGCGGCGGCGAGGCUGGGGGCGGCUCCGGCGGCCGCGAGCCCGACCCGCCCCCGGGGGGCGGUGGGGCCUCGUCGGACCAGAUCAUGCGGACGGGGGCGAUCCUGCUGCGGGGGUUCAUCCGGGACCGCGUGGAGCGCUGCGGGGACGCGCAGGCGGUGGCCCUGAGCGAGGCGGAGCUGGGGGGGCCGCAGCCCAGCAGCCCUGACACUAAGCGCCUGAGCGAGUGCCUGCGCCGCAUCGGGGACGAGCUCGACAGCAACACGGAGCUGCAGAGGAUGAUCGAGCAGGUGGGGUGCCAUGCCCCCAAGGAGCUUUUCUUCCGCGUGGCUGCAGAGAUGUUUGCCGAUGGCACCUUCAACUGGGGCCGUGUUGUUGCCCUCUUCUACUUCGCCUGCAAGCUGGUGCUGAAGGCACUCUGCACCAAGGUCCCCGAGCUGGUCCGGACCAUCCUGGGCUGGACCAUGGAGUACAUGCGGGAGCACGUCCUGGCCUGGAUCCAGGCUCAGGGAGGAUGGGAAGGACUCCUCUCCUACUUCGGCACCCCAACCUGGCAGACCAUCACCAUCUUCGCCGCUGGUGUCCUCACGGCCUCACUCACCAUCUGGAAGAUGUCAUAGACUUGGGGGGAGGGGGGGGGCUGCAGCCUACCCCCCAGGACUGGCCCCUGCCGGCAGGGAUGGUGCUGACCCCCCCUCCAGCCCCUUGGGUGCUGUGCCUUCCAGGAGGGGGGGGGCUUUUUAACAAACAGGACUUUGUUAGGACUCACCCUGAAGUUUGGGGGGGGGGGGGGGGCUGAGCUGGGGGGACCCUCCCUCUUUUAGGGCAGCUGUGGCCCCCCCAGACCUUCCCCUGACAGUGGGUGAACGUGCCUGGGGGCCACGGCUGGGACCUGCUGUGGGACCCUACUGGAUUUGUGUGUGUGCUGCACACAGCUUCACCUCCCUCUGUCCCCCCAGUCCUGGUACUGGGGUCCCCCUGAUGCGGCACCCAACACAGCCCCAGUCUUGGAGCAGUUUGACCCCAGGACUUGUGGUGCUUUGGGUGGGGUCCUGUGAUCCCAGCCCCGCCCCCUGAUAUGGGGAUGGGGGGUGUGUGUCUUGGUGACCCCCCCAAAAUGGGGCAGUUGGGCACGGGGGAGGGUGGGAGGGAAGGGCUGCAGUCAUGGCUGCAGGUCAGGUAUUUAUUGGAGGCUCCCUACCCCGAGGAAGGCCCCCCCCCCCGGUGCAAUACCCCCCUCCCUGGGGCAGGGGCCCCCUCCCUUGCGGUGGCUCUCAGGGUGGGGGGGGGCGUACCCCCUGUUUACACCCCCUGAUCCCCUGGUUUCAGAGGUCCCCUCUUCACAAUCAGUGUCCCCAAGAAGCUGCCCUGAGGUAGGGGCAGAGUGACUUCCCCCACCCCCACUCGGUGCUCUUUGGGGUGAUGUCAUGAAAUGGUGAUGUCACAGGGGGAGCCCUCCCUCUGGUUGGGGGGGCCCUGCCUUCCCCCCGGUUUGCUUUUGAUUUCCCCCCCUCCCCCGUCUUUUUUGUACCUUGUUUUGUAUCUGGGAUAUUUUGAUGUCUGGAAAUAAAGGGGAAACGAAGCCUCGUGGUGCUUCGUGUUGGGGUGAGGCCACCAGCGUCCCCCCGCUGUA